AUAUUGGUGUAAUUGACGUUUCAAAUGUCAGCGCUUUGCGGAGUCGUUUUUGAAAUGUCAAAAAAUAUACGUCGAAUCUCCCUUCAUGAACUCCAAGAUUACAGCAGGUUUUGUCGAGAGAGUCUCGAGCGGGAAGAUGGAAACAGGUUACGUCGAGUGUUUGUUAUGAAGACAUUUACAAACAGUAGAGGCAUUUAACACACCGUUGUGUUUUUAGUUCAGCGUUUUAAUUAAGGAACACGUAUUAGUAAUGCUGCCAUAUGUUGGCGGUAUAACUAGCUGGUAUAGCCGGGUUUAGGGCUGUAACACGGUUAACCGUUGGAAGUAAAAGCUACACGAUGAAGCACGACACUUUCUCAAGGUGUAAGGACAGAGAUUCAAAACUGGACGGACAUACUAGUGUAUCAUCUAAAAUCAAAGUUAAAGCCACAUGCGAUGCUCUUCAGAACAAACCUUUUAAAGGGAGAAUAUUUUACUUGGAUCUGCCAUGGAAUAUGAAAACACAACGCUUGGAAAAUGACAUCGAAACACUUGGUGGUACAGUGGAAAAGUUCUUCAGCAAGGAGAUCAAGUAUCUUGUGUCCAGUAAGCCGGAGGCCCGUUAUGCCCAGCGUCUCCUGCCGGAAUCUCCUGCUCCCAGUCCUGAUUCAGGUGUCAGCUCUCCUCAUCCCAGCAGCAGGAGAGAAAGCCAUGGGCACAGGGGCAGCUCUCAGGGAGUCACGGAUACGGUGGCUGUAAGUCGAGGCAAAUCCCUUGUGGAGAGAGUCGUUAAGGAACAAGAACGUGUUCAGAUGAAUGGGAUCUUGGCCAAUGCUCUGGAAUGGGGGGUCAAAGUCCUGCAUGUUGACGAUGUUGUUUCAUAUGUUGACAAGAAGAAAGCAAAACUCAUUGCAAUGAACGCUGCUAAUCCAGUGGUGAAAAGAGCUGCCAGCAUUCAGCACACAGAGAAAAAUACAUAUCACAGACUCAAUGCUGGAAGAAUUUGUCGUCCAUUUGUGAAAGUAGAGGACUCAAGCAGGCAUUAUCGUCCCAUCUACCUUCCCCUGUCCAAAAUGCCCGUGUGCAACCUCCGGUCUCUUCCACCCUGCUGUCCAUUCCUGAUGGAUGAACAUGGAAAAGAAGAUCCAAAGAAGAGACCGAAAGAGCCAAGGUCUGGAGGGGAACGAGGACCUCGAGGAAAGAAGGACAGGCGCAGAGGAGAUGCAGGGCAAGAGAAAAGGAAAGGAGGGUACUGUGAGUGCUGUGAGGUCAAAUUCAACAACCUAAAGAUGCACCUAGAGAGUGAGCAGCAUCAGACUUUCUCUAAGAGUGAGGAGUACACGGUUGUAGAUCGAGUCACUGCUGGGCUGACCUGCGACCUUAUUAACAUUGGCAUGCACAGCAGAAGGGUGAAAUGCAGUACAUCAACCCCUGUUCUGUGUGCUGGAGCUAUGUUGCCUUUAAAGGAAGAUGUGGGAUCUGUAAAUGGUGAUUGGAAACAUGAAAGCGAUGAGUCUUUGCCUUGGAGCUCUACAGCAAAGCAACCUCUUUCAGAACAGACCAAAGAAAAACCUCUGUCAGUUCGCAAACGCAACAGGGGCCAGUGUGAAUACCCUCUGAGCAAUCGGGACAGCUUUUUCGACCAAUCUGACGUUCUGGAGAAGUCCCAGUCUAAGCGUGGAACCUUUGCGUGGGAAUUCCACUCACAAUCUGCUGUGCGGAAAUCUGAAGGUGCAUCUUUUCUCAGCAGAGAGCAGAACUGUGACUCUAAUGCACCCGAAUGCAGGACAGACCAACAAACUUGGACAAACCCUGACAUGUACACCGCUCAACAGUUCAGGGAAAGAAACCGAGAAUCAUUAACAAGAUUUGAGUGCUUUAGGACUAACUGCUGUGAAGUUUAUUUGCAAAGUAUGCCAGAAAAUCAAGUUGAAAAUUCAGCUCUUUUGCCUUCAGGCAACACAGAACCCGAACCGGACCUCGAUAGCCCCAAUGAUUCACUGCAACGAAAGGUUCGGAAUGUCAGAUCCAGAAGAAGAAAGCAAGUACCAGCCCUGCACAUUGACUCCGUGAGUAAAGAGAGAGAAUCAAUGAGCUCUCUUACACCUCUUAAACCUGUACUGGAGUUCAAGAACCCACCUGAUUAUCUCCUGGACCUGUGGCAGCUCUUUCAGUCCAGUGACAACAUGGAUGAAGACUUUAAGGGUUUUUCAGAUUAAAGCUGUGUAGAGGAAUUUAACAUGUAUUUAUGUAUUUGUUAUAAAAGUUAUUAAUGUGCCAAAUAAUAUAUAUUAAUGAAUCUAUUUUCUUUCAGCAGUAUGAUGGAAAACUGCAUUCUUACUAUACAGGCUUUAAAAGAACGUAUAGGCUGAAAAAUACCUGCUGACUUUAUACAGGAAAGAAAUGUGUGGAGAUACUCAGCAAGUAUGUACAUUUAAUGAGUGGAUGUAAUUGAAUAAUAUAGCAACAUGAGAUUUUCUUGAAAUGUUUUCCUGGUUCCUGUAUUAAAUUGCUAAUUAUUUUUUUU